AUGGCGGUCACCCUGUUCCUCACCUCCAUGAGCUCCUGUCCUUGGGCGCACAAGCUAUGGGAAGAGAAGGGAAAAGGAGAGGGAGCUGCUGUGGAGUUCGAAGUUGUGACGGAUAGUGUUGGGAUUCAGCCCUUGUCCCUUGUAUGGGUGCGUGAUGUAUGGGUGGUGAGAAGAUACACGUGUUUCACGCCGGUGCCACCUUGUGUCAAAUGUUCGGCCCGGCUGACAACUGGUUUGGUGGGGACGGUAAAUGUAACUGGCACAAGGACAUCAAUUGAAAAUGGCAUAUGUCAUUUUUCGAAAGAAAAAACUUCAAUCGCACUGCAGAUUCAUUUUCCCGCAUCUGCACUUUCACUUUCCCCAUUGCGGCUGCACCCCACCCUAGACUCCGCCGCCGCCGCCGCCGCCUCCAUGAGCGCCACCGCCAUGGCGGCCGCCCUCCACCACCGCCCCCGCUCCCGCCCGCCUCUGGAAGACGAGGAUCUGCUCUCCGAGAUCCUCCUCCGCCUCCCGCCGCAGCCGUCCUCCCUCCCCCGCGCCUCCGCCGUCUGCAAGCGCUGGCGCCGCCUCGUCUCCGACCGCGGCUUCCUCCGCCGCUACCGCCGGCACCACUGCCGCAGCCCUCCCCUCCUUGGUUUCUUCCGCGACGAGCUUCCAGACCUCACCUACACGCCUACCAUGGUGGCCCCCGAUCGUAUCCCCGCCGGACGCUUCUCCUUGCAUCUGUACGACAGCCGCGCCAGAAUCCUCAGCUGCCGCCAUGGACUCCUGCUCGUCGCCCGCUCAUCGGGAAACCGGUUCCUGGUGUGGGACCCAGUCACCCGCGACCAGCACAGGCUUGUCGCGCCACCGGCGUUCGACAUCUACGCAGCCCAGGUGGACGUGGCGGUGCUCCGGGCUGCUGGAGACGCCCACCACUUCCAGGUGGUAUUGGUAAGCUACCAACAGAAACAAGUGGUCGCCUGCAUUUACUCCUCGGAGACUGGUGUAUGGAGUGAUCUCAUUUCAACACUAGUCCAACGCUCGGUCGCGGGUUAUGUAGACAUGCCGGCUGUGUUGGUCGGGGAUUCCCUUCACUGGCUGCUCUCUUGCGUUGGUGCAAGUGUAAUUCUUCAGGUUGAUUUGAGUAGGCGGAGCCUAGCUUUGAUACAGGUACCGUCUAUGCUUGCCCAUGGUCAUUUUGUGGACUUUAUGACAGUUAUGCGAGCAGAGGGUGGCGGGCUGGGUUUACUCUGCAAGAAAGGCUUCACCGCCCAAUUAUGGAAGAGGAAUGCUGGUUGUGAUGGUGUUGCUUCGUGGGUGCCGGGAAGAACUAUUGAACUGGACAGGCUACUAUCCCUGAAUUUAGAGGAGAAAAAUCACAUACAGAUGAUAGCGUAUGCUGAGGAAAAUAAUGUGGCUUUCUUGCGGACAGUUUCCGGUAUCUUCAUGGUCCAGCUUGAGUCAUUGCAGUUCAGUAAACUUCCUGAAAAGAACUAUGCUUUCUAUUAUCCAUUAGAAAGUGUCUAUGCUGCAGAAACAAGCAUUGCUGGUGGACAUGGUGGAGCUGAUCAAGAUAUGCUAGUAUGAUGUACUGGUUGAGCAGGAAAGCUUAUCUCCUGAAUGUAUGUAAAGGUAUCUAGAGUUACGUUCUGGUGGCUGACAUGCAGAAGGGGUCACGGGGCUUGUUUGCUGCGCCCCACAAGGAAAAUUUGCCCUCUAUUUAGGAUGCACUAGUCAGUUGUGAAAUGGACUUGUAGGAAUUAGUUGCUUAUUUUGAUCAACCCGGUUUAUAUCUAAUUUCUGUAGUCAAUUGGCCAACUGGGCAUGAAGACAUAAUGAGCUUGUUACGAUUAAUUAGUACCUUUCAUUUAAUCUUGCUUGCAUAUUGUGUGUUCUCAUAUUUUCACUUUAUCUUUUGAUUGUGUUCCAUGUUAUAUU